AUGGGAUCCAGCAGCGAUGAAGAAGAGGAGGAGGAGGAAGAGGAGGAGGAGGAAGAGGAGGAGGAGGAGGAGGAGGAGGAGGAGGAGGAGGAGGAGGAGGAGGAGGAGGAGGAGGAGGAGGAGGAGGAGGAGGAGGAGGAGGAGGAGGAGGAGGAGGAGGAGGAGGAGGAGGAGUCACCGAAGGCGGGCAGAGGCGCAAGAGGGAGCGCUGGUGGAAGGGAAACGACCCCGAAUCCUGCCGGAACAUGUGCUUCUGGUGGCGGUGGUGGUGUCUCCAAGGGAAUCCAGGCCAUUCGAGAUGAGAUUUGGAAGAAGCGCAAGGAGAUGGUGAGAAGGUGGAAGUUCCUAGCAGAGCCAGCUGCUAGAGCAGGCAAUGCAGGAGCGACCAACGGGGAGGGGGGAUUAGGGAGACAUGAGGCUCAGGGAAUGGAAGCUCAGGAUGGGCAAGGUGAGGAGUCGUGUGGGAAGCUGCAGGUGGUUUCUCGGGCGGACAUGGUGCACUACCUGGACGUCAACCACGCCUGGGGAGGGACUGAGUGCGAGGGGUGCUUGGAGCGCGCGGUGUGCUACUUGGCCCAGUGCGAGGUGUACUUUGCAAACCUCCCCCUCCUGCGAGAUGAACUGCGCAAGGUGGAGCUGCCCUCCGUUCCCCUGGCGCUGGGAAUCUCGAGCACGAAAGAAGUCCCAAGCUCAGACAGAAUCUCCCAAAUCAGGGCCGCUGUGGAGUUCUCCUCGAAGGUUCCAGUGUUCGGGGAGGAGGGGCAGAAGAAGGGGCAGGUUAAGGGCCAGGAGGGGCCUGACGUUCGAAAAGAGUCGCAGCAGGUAGCCUACCCAGCGAUCCUGGCGGAGCUGAGGGCGGGCAGGCAGGCGGAGCAGGAUUGCUUUGCGUCCAUGCUGGUGCAGGUGCUGGGGGUGAAGGAGAGCACUGAUCUGGAGGAAGGGUUUGGCGUUCUCAUGCAGAAUCUGCUGACAGGCGGGCUGGAGAAGGCGCAUGCAGAGGAGAAGGGGAGACGGGUAGCUGGUGGUGCGGUUGGGGGGAGCCAUCUAUGGAGUCUUAUUUGGGGUGCUGUUGCAGGCAAGAUGUACUCAAGGCUAGAGACGCGCAAGGGUGAGGACUGCUUCUGCAUCGAUGCCAGCAACCCCAAGCAGACCCGUGUGGAGGCUGCUGCGAUUGAGGAGGCGAGGGAUAGAGUGAGGCGUGCGGGGCUGGCACAGGGGGUGAGUGAGAGAGCAGGAGGAGCAGGAGGGGCAGAAGGGGCAAGAGGAGCAGGGGGAGCAAGAGGGACAGAAGGAGCAAGAGGAGCAGGAGGAGCAGCGUCUGAUGCCACUGAGAUGCCGGUGAGCAGCUCAGGGCUCGUGCCUGUCAACACCAACCCAGCUGUUGCUGUCGUGACGUAUCAGGUUGGCUACGUGGAGUGCAUUUUGGAGUUCGCUGCUGCCAUGCUCACCCCACCCGACUGCUCCGAGUGCAAGAGGUGCAUCAAGCGCUACACCUCCCACAUCCCCUUCGUCACCCUCGUUGCCAACUACGCCUACCGCCCCGCCAGCGUGCUGUUCUACCGCUUCCUCUCUGCCCUCCUGCCGCACUCCAAGGAGUUCACUAACCUCGUCCGCAUGCUGGGCCUGGACCCCUUACCCAUGGGCGCCUCUCUCGAGGAAGAGAGGGCGAAUCUUGAGCGUGUGCGGGCGCAGGCAGAGCGUGUGCCUGUUGCUCUGCAUUGCUCUGAGAUGGGCACGCCCCGUUCUCGUGCCCGGCGGGAUGUGGCAGCAGCAGCAAGAGCAGCACCAAGGACAGCAGCAAGGGCAGCAGCAAGAGCAGCAGCAGUGGCAGCAGCAGCAGCAGUGGCAGCAGCAGCAGCAGCAGCAGCAGCAGCAGCAGCAGCAGCAGCAGCAGCAGCAGCAGCAGCAGCAGCAGCAGCAGCAGCAGCAGCAGCAGCAGCAGCAGCAGCAGCAGCAGCAGCAGCAGCAGCAGCAGCAGCAGCAGCAGCAGCAGCAGCAGCAGCAGCAGCAGCAGCAGCAGCAGCAGCAGCAGCAGCAGCAGCAGCAGCAGCAGCAGCAGCAGCAGCAGCAGCAGCAGCAGCAGCAGCGGCAGUGGCAGCAGCAGCGGCAGUGAGAAGAAGGGCAAGAAGGGGGAAGAGCCGGCUUGCCAGGAGUUUGGGGGUUCGUGUUUCUGCUCGUGGCCGUAUUCCUGAUUUGGCGCCUGCUGUGGUAGCCUUACCGAGCUUCUCAAACCUCAAUGAGGCACAAGGUCCUUAG